AUGGAGAGGACACAUUAAGAAUCUAAAGAGGAAGAACUUAUAGAAACUAAUUCAUCUACUACUGCAGCAACUAGUACUGAAAAUAAUUAUGAUAAGGAUGAAUAUUACAAAUCAAAGGGCUUAAGUGCUUAUGAUGAUCUAGAAAAAAAGUUUCAGGAGUUUCAAAAUGCUUUUAGAAGAAUGAAUGAAGCAUUUGGACAGAAAUUACUUGAGCAGUUUGGAAUUGCCAACCCUGAUAUAAAGUAUACACACGAGCCUUAAGUGAUAACCGCCAAGGAUGCUGCAAAACACAUGAUUGGCAAAAAGAAUAUUCUUAUAUUGACUGGAGCAGGACUAAGUGCUGCUAGUGGUAUUCCUACUUUUAGAGGAGAUAAUGGAUUUUGGACCAGGACAUAUGGAGAUGAAACUGACCCAUAAGUAAUAUUAACUCAGAGAUUUUUCACCCAAAAUCCAGAACUUAAUUGGUAAUGGCAUUAUGAUUUCAUAGAGCUCGAGGAUAGAUGCAAACCCAAUAAGGGACAUCACGCUAUACUCAAAUUUUAAGAAUAUUGUCAUUUGUAAAAUGAUAUUGAGAGUUUUCUAGUGACCUAGAAUAUAGAUAACUAUCAUCCUUAGUUGAUUUAAUAGAGUAAAAUACUCAUGAAAAACUAAGAAGAAAAGAAAUAAGGAGAAUCUAACUAUGCUUUUACUCCUUUUGUUUAUGAGAUUCAUGGUAACGUCAAAUAUAUGCACUGCUUUAAUGAUGAGGAAGAUUGUGGGUAAUAGUUUUAUAAAGCUCCUACUUUAGAUUAAGUUAAAGAUAAAACAAAUCAUGUACCAAAAUGCUCAAGUUGUGGCAAAAACAUGAAACCUCAUUGCAUGUUCUUCGAUGAAAGUUACUCAGAAACUUAUUACAGAUCAGAAAGUGUUCAUAAGUUUAUGGAAGAAAAAAUGGAUUGUUUGAUUGUUGUUGGAACAGCUCUAGCCACUGGAUUAGCUAAGAGAAUUGUCAAUAAAGCUCUUGGUAAAAUUGAAUGCCCUGUCAUUGAAAUUAAUCUUGAGACUUCAAUUGACCGUGGUUACAACUUAUAAAUUUUGGAGAAAAGUGAAAUUGCUCUUGACUAGUUAUUUAAUGAAUAUUAUAGGCUUAGAAGUCCUAAGGUAGAUAUUUUAUAAAGCGGAUAAGUAAAAAGCUAGGCUAGGGCAAGUAGUGUAGUGAAUUAGAGUAAAAAUCCAAUUUAAAAACAAAUUAUUGUUUAAAAUAAUACUAAGCAAAUGACCUAAGCUAAACAAACAAACUUAAAAUAGGCAUCAACAAGUACAGGAAAAGCUGUAUAAUAGAAACCUGCUGUUAGUAAAGCAGUCACAAGCAGCAAUAAAUAAAAAAUCAUCCCAAAGAGAUGA